AAAAGUUAUUCCACUAAACCCAAUGUUUUCGCUUUAUGCAGAAUCCGAAACAUUGGCAUUAUGGCCCACAUUGAUGCAGGCAAAACUACGACAACAGAGAGAAUGCUCUAUUAUUCUGGAUAUAUAAGAACACUUGGAGAUGUUGAUGAUGGAGACACGGUGACAGAUUUUAUGGUACAAGAGCGAGAACGUGGCAUUACCAUUCAAUCUGCUGCGGUUACAUUUGACUGGAAGGAUUACCGAAUCAAUCUGAUUGACACCCCAGGUCAUGUGGACUUUACAGUGGAAGUUGAGCGUUGCUUAAGAGUCCUGGAUGGAGCAGUAGCAGUGUUUGAUGCUUCAGCUGGUGUUGAGGCACAGACUCUGACAGUCUGGAGACAAGCAGACAAACAUCAGAUACCACGAAUUUGCUUUUUAAACAAGAUGGACAAAAGCAGGGCAAGUUUUACGUAUGCUGUUGAGAGCAUCAAACAGAAGUUGAAGGCAAAACCUUUGCUCUUACAGUUGCCCCUCGGGGAAGCCAAGACCUUCAGAGGACUGGUUGAUAUUGUGACUAAAGAGAAAAUAAUUUGGAAACCUACAUCUGAUUUGGAUGAUGGAAAAAAUUUUGAGCGAAAGCUGCUACUGGAGGCUGAUGAUCCAAACCUGUUCCAAGAAGUCCGGGAUGCAAGAAAUACUUUAAUAGAACAAGUAAAGUUCUAAAGUAAAUGCAUAAUGUAUUUAAAACUGUUACUUAGAACAGUAGGAA